AUCUCUUUUUACUUCACCACUAUAAAAUCAAAUCCGUCUUGCAUUUGCAUUUAUACCCUUUUCCCCGCUUGAAAAAAAAAACUCGUUUGAAGCUUUUCAUGGCCUCGCAAAGCCGCCCUGCCUCAGCCCUUGAAACUAUCGAAAACCAGUCGGAAACCGGUAAACCGAUGUCAAUAAGCAGUUUACCGAGAACAGUAACGAAAAAGCUGAAGACCAAUCUGGUAUUCCGGUCAAAAUGGGCUGAAUUAAACGGCGCAAUGGGCGAUUUGGGGACAUAUAUUCCCAUAGUUUUAGCUCUGACAUUAUCCAGAAACAUCAAUUUAGGUACCACAUUAAUUUUCACCGGAAUUUACAACAUCCUCACCGGCCUGAUUUACGGCGUUCCGAUGCCGGUCCAACCAAUGAAAUCGAUCGCCGCCGCAGCCCUGGCUGAUCCAGAGUUCGGCGUGGCGGAGAUCAUGGCGGCCGGAAUCCUGACCGGUGGAAUCCUCUUUGUUCUGGGUGCGACUGGACUUAUGCAUUUAGUUUACAAAUGGAUUCCGUUGGCGGUGGUGAGAGGGAUUCAAUUGGCGCAAGGAUUGUCGUUUACUCUGACGGCCGUUAAAUAUGUUCGUUAUGAUCAAAAUAUGGCGAAAUCUAAAUCUGGCGACGGCCGUGAAUGGUUCGGAUUAGAUGGGUUGAUUUUGGCCGUUGUUUGUGCUUGUUUUGUGAUCGUCGUUAACGGCGCCGGAGAAGAUGAACAUCAGCAGGAAGGAACUGAAAACGAGGCCGAAGGGGAAGCCAAAGGAGGAAUUAAUAAAGAGAAGGUUAGGAAGAUCAUAGCUUCCCUUCCAUCAGCUUUCAUAAUUUUUUUAUUAGGCAUUAUUUUUCUCUUCAUCCGAAAUCCAAAAGUGGUGAAGGAAAUUACAUUUGGGCCCUCAUCCAUCACCAUUGUUAAGAUCACAAAAAGCCAAUGGAAAAAAGGAUUCAUAAAGGGAACAAUUCCUCAGCUUCCUCUCUCCAUUCUCAACUCAGUUAUCGCCGUUUGCAAGCUAUCCAUGGACCUUUUUCCAGCCAAGAUUUUCACCGUCACGUCCCUCUCCGUCACCGUCGGGCUUAUGAACAUCGUCGGUUGCUGGUUCGGUGCCAUCCCGACUUGUCAUGGCGCCGGUGGUCUUGCUGGUCAGUAUAAGUUUGGCGGUAGGAGCGGCGGGUGUGUCGCGUUGCUCGGUGCCACUAAAUUGAUACUUGGUUUGGUUCUGGGAAGCUCUCUUGCAAAGGUUCUAAACCAAUUUUCCGUAGGGAUUUUGGGAGUUCUAUUGUUGUUCGCUGGAGUCGAGCUAGCGAUGGCGGCAAGGGAUAUGAACAAUAAAGAACAAGCAUUUGUGAUGUUAUUAUGCACCGGGGUCUCGUUGGUUGGCUCGAGCGCUGCACUAGGGUUCUUGUGUGCCAUGGUGGUGCACAUCUUGCUCUUACUUAGAAAAUGGAGCAAAAAAGAUAACCAUUAACCAUUUGCUCUUUCAUAUUAAUUUGCGAAUAUAUUGGACUUUUUUAAGUUUUUCUUUUUAUUUAUUUAUCUUUAGCUCUUAAAAGAAGAAAAAAAAAGUGGCAUAAUUGCUCUUAUAAGUAUUUUGGAUUUCUCUUGUAAAUUUAUGUUUUGAAAUUUAUAUGAUUAUUGUGAUUUUAUUUUAUAUAUAUAGGGAGUUUAUGUUCUUGGUUGAUUGUAUAAAUUAGGACUUACAUUUUAAUUGAAUUAGAUUGGAUUAUUGGAUGUUUUUUUUUCUUAA